ACCAGAUCGGAGGAUGAGGAUUCUACCUGUAGACGCCUCCGCGACCCGCACAGACUAAAGCAGCUGCCUGUGCAUCUAUCUCUGAAUAAGUAGAGCACUAAGAUGCCCAAAAGCGAUACCUGGCCAGGUGGCACCGGAAUGGAGACUAUGACUAGCAUGGACAGCGCUGGAAGCUGCGACAGUGUUGUCAGUGGCAAUUCUGGCUGUAGCGAUGAUAGUCUAGAUUACCUGUCUGCGGAGGAAAAGGCUUGUAUCAUGUUUCUGGAAGAGACUAUUGAGUCUUUGGAUGCCGAGGAGGAUAGUGGACUAUCCAACGAUGAACCUGACCAACUGCCCAAUUUUGGAAACCUGCAAACCAAACUCGCUGACCUCUCAGCCUCUAUGAGCAAAAGCAAGUUCAACAGUUCAGAGAAACCUGCUUCCAGGGAACAAAUCAAGAAAAAUGUUGACACUCAUCCCAUGCAGAGCUACCUGGUUCCGACCCCUCUUAUUGUGGCAAGCAGUUCUCUGGGUUCUGGUACCUGUACCAAACCGGUCUCUCCUACAGGGAUGUCUCAGUUCAUGCCGAAGAAUUACAGAUCUGCUCACAAACACAACGAAAAACCUCCACCAAUACCUUCAGAGGUUAAUGUCGCGGUACCCGCCUCCACAAAACCCAAAGACCCUUCAUUCAGGACAGCUGAAGUUCCUUUACUUAGAGGACCUCUGUCCUACGAUGCACUAAAUCAUUUACGGAGGAAUGCCUCCACAAAGAAGACACCUUUAUGUCCUUCAGUGGACCACACCAUAGAGUUUGAUAAACGUCAUUCUGCCGCAGUGAAAGACCCGAACUUUGGAAAUUUCCAAAGAUCUGAAAAAUUCCAGUCUGAGGUCUCCAAGUCUAAGACAGAGCCCCCCGUUGUCCCCCCAAAACCCACCAAAAUUCCUGUAAACAUUCCUGGGAAAACCCAAAUUGAAGGAAACGCAGCGUCACAUUUUUCAAACAGUGUCAAGCAUUCAACGGAUCCCAAAGUAGUGAGACUUGAAGCUUUGCAGAAGCUUGGUCUCUUAAAAGACGAAGAGCCAGAAGACGGGGUGGUAGGUCCACCUCCUCCUCCUCCUAAAUCUUACCCUUCUUUGGAUCCAACAUCCAAAAGGUUCGCCAGAGAUCCAUUUCGUUGUAAUCCUUCAAGAAGCCCAUCGUGUUACUUCUCUCAGGGUCCCACAGAACCCAAAAGUAAAGUUCUCCACACCAGUGCCAGUUUCCAAUACCACACCAGACACGACCAGCAGCCUCUGUCAGAAUCCCUUCCCCCUGCUCAGUCCAGUGUGUUGAAGAGAGCCGGUCUGGAGCGCUCUACUAGUCUUGACUACCACGCAAUCAACGGAAACGCUCCUGAACCACAACGCAGCUUCUUAGCAAAGCCGGUGAAAACCACAACGACGGAUAAGCCUGCAUCUGAAAAACCCUCAAACUCAGUGGGAUAUACUGUGAUGGUGGUGCCGGGGAUGGGCGCCGAUCGCAAGGAGGCUCUCAGAAAGCUUGGACUGCUGAAGAACUGAAGCCAGUAAACGCAGUAAUGCAGAAAGAACCAUCAGAAACCCACCAGAGUUUCCAGCAGGAAUUUUGCACUUGGCACUUUUGAAAACCAAAGCAGAAGAACAUAAAGAGAAGAAAUUACUUCACAAGAAGUACUAGCACUUGUAAUUAAGACUAUACAGGGCCGACCCCCACCCUAAAAAAAAAAAAUGCCACAAACUAAUUUUGCUAGACCAACUUUGACUUUUAUUACGGCCCACAUUUGCUUUGCUUAUUUGUAUGUGUAUGUAAUGUCAGAACAUUUAAAUCCAUCCAGAGCUGCACUAAUCCCACAAACACGUGGAUGGUGGAACACUGUGUAAAAGUCAGGACUGGACUCUGUGAUCCACGUGUGAAAGUAAUGUCUCAUUCUCUGUGAACCUUUCAAAGUUUGAGCCUAAUUGAUCCUGACAUUGCCAUCCUUGAUUAUGCCUGGAUCAUCAGGGAAGAAAAAAUGUUUUAAUAGAAAACCUGGUUAUUGUAUAUGAAGUUGACCUCAACUUUUUGGUAGAUCUCACUGAACUGACAGCUAACCACCCAAAUCAUAAUACUUCCCCCACAGGGGAAGUAAUGUGAGUCCAAACGUUUAUGAUCCCCAGCCUUUUUCCCCCAAUUAAUACCACUGAUAAGUAGUUUUCCUAAGGCUGCACAGUUGUUUAGUCGCAAUGCUACAAGUUCUGCCAUUUAUUUUCUUCAAUUAGAUCUAACUAAACAUUGGUUAGAUCAAGAAAUAUUUCUUCCUCAAAGAUGAUGAUUCACCGCUAACCUUCCAGAUUUUUUUUACUACACGUUUAGCAGAUUGUUACUCAGUUUCAAUAGUUUCAACUAUCUCCAUCAUUUGUUUGCUUCAUGCAGACAAAUCAUUUUGAGCUUUCUGAAACAGAGGGAUGUAUUUUAAAUAACGGGAUGUUUUCUGACAUGGUUAUUUCAGGAAUUAGUAGAUAAAAAGUUCAUCAGUUAGGGUUAAAUAACAUGCUUUCAUUUUCAGUUCCAUUGUUUUUUUGUGUGUGUAUUUAAGACAUCUAUACUUGCAUCUCAUCAGUCUCACUUUGUAUCAGCCCUAAUGCAUAACAUUUACUGUAGGUGCAAUACCUGAUUUGGUUAAAUUAGCCAAAGAUCGUACAGAGAUGUGCUGAAAUCAGUUGAAUUUGUGUCGAUUGUUUCAUAUUCACAGAUGUGCCUACAGUUUUCUUGUUUAGUGAAAACCAGGGCUGCAAUGUAAAGUAGUAGAUUAUCUAUGCAUUUUUUUAUUACUGACUAUAACAUUUAAAAAGAAUUGUGUCUUUGGUGUUUUUGCAGUAUUUAAUCAACUGCAAGAUCUUACAUGAUUUAUAUCAAUGCCUCCUCUGUUCCUUUCCACUUUUAUUUAUACUGCAAACGUGGGUUAUAUGCUCUUAGAAAUGUAAACAUGUUCUUGCUUUCAUUCUCUAAAAACUGUUAAUCCAGGAUGAAAAACAAAUGAUAUGAAUAUAUCAGCACUCUGUAAUUUCCAUAAAUGCCACCGUAAAUAGUUUGGAUGUAAUGUAUUGCACAUUGAAAGCUUUUAUCUUUGCAAAGUCCAAAUACAGAAUUACACAUGCGCUGAGUCCCUGUGCUUCUGUGAGAAAGUUCGGCUCGCAAUUUAAAUUCUGGAACCUUAUUUCUAUGAAUUUACCUUGAAUAUUUCAUGUUGACUGUUGUAUUGGCUUAUAACCCACGGGCUCUUUUACCAUUACAGCGCUCCCAUUACAGAACAUCUAUGAGCCAGAGCUCCUCGCUACUCAUCUUACACACCAUUCAGUUGAUGAGAAAGCCUGCUCAGCUCUUCUUCCAUUAUCCGAUUAUCUUGAGCACCGCCUCCAAACGAAAGCCCUGCUCCAGCUUAGGGCUGUGUUUUCCUUUUCUUCAUAUCCCCAACAGUUUAUCUCAUUGGCAUAUUUUAAUGACUGUGACACAACAGUGCGGAAGCCGCUCUUUUAGUAUGUUAUUAAUUACUGCAGGAUAUUUUAACAAUGGCCUAAUGUAGUGUUAUCGUUCAGCGAGGCAGGAGACUCCAACAGCCCCGUGAGUGUGUAUCUGCAUGCCAAA